AUGGGUCAUACCAAAAUUUUUGUGAAUAUCCGCGGGGAAGAAGGUGGAAAGGCGAAGGCGGCGACUUCAUGGGUUCACCAUAGGCUUUACAAUUCAAAGAUUUUCCAGCUGGAAGAUCCCAUACCCAAAGACGUCUCCGACCUUUAUGACUGCAUAGACAAUAGCAUGUUUUGGCAAGCACAGGGUUUAGAUGCUAAUCAUCACCCUAUCGGAGUUUGUUGCAUGAAUAGAGCAUUUACCUGUCAACAACCAAAGAAAGGCGAAUCUCAUGCGCUUGGCUCUGUGCCAAGAUGGUGGUACAACGGUGUUACUGGCUCUUGUCAACAGUUUCUGUUUGAUCCACAGGCUGCAGAAGUCAGCCCAAAUAAUUUCGAAACUCUCAACCAUUGUGAAAGCUUCUGCAAAGACACUUGCCCCAGAGGAAAUCCUGCAUAUUUGAAUUCAAAAACAGAUGUGAACCAAAGUCCACACAUUGGAUGCUCUCUUACUCAGCCUUGCCCUGAACCUUUCAAAUGUAUGGAAGUGGCUAGUCAAAAUCUUUGCUGUCCGAGCAGAAAAACCAUAUGCAAUGAAGCUGGAGGUCGUGCCAAAGAUCCUUUCCGAAGCACACCCUAUGAUCCCGGAAUGCGCUUUGAUCAACUUACUGGUGAACAAGCAAAUUAUGCCAUU